AUGUCUGAAGAGAACAAAGAAAAAGGAGAAGGUAAAGAGGAUCCAGGAAAAGGUCUUACAGAAGAACAAAAAUUAGAAAUCAAGAAGAAGAAACAAGCUGAAGAGGAAGAAGAUGAUGAUGCAAUUGAGCUAAAUCCAAUUAAUGCUAAGCUCAAGAAAUCAAGAAUUGUCACCUUCUAUGACCCUCCAGGACCCUUGUUAUCAGACAAAGUUACAGAAAAGGAAAAUGCUGAGAAUAAUUUAGUACGAAGAUGGCGAGUGGAAAUUUACAAUGCCGAAGUUCAGAACCUCUCUGGUGACACCAUCAAUCCCUUCAUACAGUUCAUUAUUGGUGGUGACUACCGGAUCGAAUUCAAAAAGACCACUUCCGGAGGUAGUGCAAAAGAAGAAAAGGGAGAAAUCGGCAAAGUGUUCAAGUCAAAUGUCAUUAAAUAACCUUAACGAUAAAGAGUCUGGGGCCUAUACCACCCACAUUAUCACGGAAUUCAGAGCAACAUACUACGAAAUAAUGCGAAACAGACUUCAUUUUGAAAUAUGGACAUGGAACACCUGGGGACUCAACAGAUUCCUUGGCAUCAAAUCUCUGUCUCUACUUGAUGUAGUCAAUGGGUCGAUCAACAGAGAAGUGUUCCUGUCCAAACCAGUUGGCAAGCGAAUGGAUGGAGUCGCCAAUCUGUCUCUUAAAGUUAAAUUUGAAGAGAUCUGGGAUUUCAGCAUCACAAUGCUUGACUGGCAUGCUGAUGAUCUCAAAAGACAUGAUGCAAACCAAAGUAGAGAUACCGUCGAUUCAUUCUGCAGAGUUACUCUGACAAGUGGCACAAAGGAUUAUUCGAGUACUCACUCAAUCACAGUCAAGAAUGACUUCAGUCCCAAUUGGACUAAAUUCGAGUCAGGGCUUCGCUUCAGAGGGACUUACAAUCAACUUCUAAGCCAAAAGGCUUACAUCAGGUUUUACAGGGCAAACCUGAUUGGGAGCACGAAAUUUGGUGAGAAGAUGGUCAAUUUGAGGAGUUUCCUUCUAACCAAUAUCCUCAAAACAGAAGUUUUAAUCCACAAAUAAUCAGCUAUGUGCUCUGAGAGGAAUCAUCCGAACUCCAAAACAGCCAAGAUAUCUUCAAAGAGACUUUGCAGAUGACGUCCUAGUUGAUGAGUUCUACCUCGUAGUCCAUCUCCAAAAGCUUGACGUCUUCUCGUCUCUCGAAGACAAAGGUGAUUUCGGGAUCUUCGCAACAGUGGAAUGGGGAGGUAUCCUCAUCAAGAGCAAAGUUGUAAGGGACACCUUGAUCAAUGAGACAUUCCACUUCAACAUUCCUAUGACUUCUGACACCAAAGAUGAUGAAAACAAACUCACAGAUUUUCUAUCCAACGACCUGAAGACGAAAUCUUCAGUCCGGUUCAACAUCUGGGUUGACUAUGGAGACCACAACUACGACAACGUUGGGACUGCUUAUGCAGGACUUUACAACCUCUACACUGCUGAGGCAGAUGAGAAGACUUUCAAAGACUCCAAUCAAAGAAAGAAGGUUAGGUUUAUGACUCGCACAUACAACGGAAAAGCGAAUCUUAAAUCUGCCUUUCAUGACAUUACAAACUGCUACAUCCAUUUCGGGAUGUGGUUCCAACCUGAGAUUCCGAAUCCUGGAGUAGACCUGUCUAAGCUCUACGACCCGAAGGAAGACUUCGUUCCAUACGAGCUCAGAGAGAAGCUUGAGAGUGAUGAUGGAUUUUUCGUAGAUUGGCAUCUUAAGAUCGAAGAGAACUUUGAAAGUGAAGAACUUAAAAAUGAUCGUGAGUUUAUGAACCCUUACUUCCAAGAUCAGUAUCAGAAAUAAGCAUUUGCCGAUGAAGUAUAUUUCAGAGAUAACUUCUCCCGACAUCCUUGCUUUGGACUACCUUGACCACACAAACAUUGACACAAGGGAGAGACAGAUCUUGACGAUUCCAGAGAUCGCUCAUUUCGUAAGACUGAUUCCAUUUAGAGGGACUGAAGAGUCCUACCAUGUAUGGUCUUCGCCUGAAUUCUUCAUGAAGCUCCGCAAAGGUUCUGUUGUAGAUCAUGCACUACUGAUGGCAUCUCUGUUCCAAGGGACCAUUUUUGAUGACCACGAAGACCUUGACGCAUACCUCAAGAUUCUUGCAGACCCAAACAAAAAGAAGCGAAGAGCUGAACUCGCUAAGUUCAGAGCAGAGUACCAGAAAACACCAAACGAAAACAGAGUUUUUGUGUGCCUUGGGCGGCUCAACCAAGAAAAUGGAGGCCGAAAGCAUGCGUGGGUGAUUACCAUAAAUCGCAACUUUGAUGAAGUCACUUUCUGGGACCCCAUUAAGCCAGUCAAGUACAAGCUUGAAGGAAGAAUCAACUAUCUCGAAACUGAGUGGCUCAAGAACUAUCUGUCUCCCCAGCUUACUGUCAAGGAGAAGAAGAAGUUCAGACAGAAACUUAAAAAGCUUCAAAAGCAGAAACAGAAAGAAGAAGAGGAGAAGAAAAAGAAAGAGGACGAAGCCAAGAAGAGAGCUGAGACCAAACAGAAAGAUAGCAAACACUUGGGAGAGCAUAAGAACCUCACCAUGGUCAACGAGCUCCUUCUCAAAGCGAGGGAGUAUCAGAACAGAAGACUUGAAAGCCAGGACUUUAGUUCCUUCGAAGAAGACAAACUUAGCGAAUCGAGUAUUAGUUUGGGCAAUAUUAAAGUCAGCCUGCAAGAUUUGAGACAAGAUCUUCGGGGUAAAUUUGUUCACUUGAUCGGAAACCCUGAGGGCCAAGAUGCAAAGAACAGGAAACUGCUUGGAAACACCUACAAAAAGGAGGAAGUCAAGAAAGGCGCUAACAAAGAUGAAGAAAAGAAAGUUGAAAAGAACGCCUUCCUAGAGAAAGAGAAGAAACGUCUGGCCAAGAAUGACAAGAAAAAGAAGGAAAGGCACUUGUUCAAGCAAAAUGAGUUUAUCAAAGCAAACAGAGAAGUCAUCAUUCCGAAAGAAGAAGAUAUACCUUAUGAAAGGAUAGACCUGAUUUUCAAUGCAAAGAAUAUGUGGGCCAACUUCCAGAAUCCUCACCCGAACUUCAUAUUCUACAACCUCCAUCGCGAGAGGCAGUGGCGGCCGUUUAUAUAUGACACAGAUUUCAGCAAAUCCAAGAAACCCAAGAAGGCCAAGAAAGAGAAUUCAGGAUCAGGUUCCGAAGAUGAGGAAUCAGAGGAAGAACUCCUCUCCAAAAAUGGAGACACAAAGGCUGAUGAAGAUCCAGGAGACGACGACGCUGGAGAUGAUGAGUACAGUCAUUGCAAAGGCAAAAAUGAUAAAGGCACCAUUGAAAUUUUCAAAGAAAUGGGGAACUACAUGAGAAUGUUCUCUCCCUUCUACGAACUUGAAAGUCUUAACAAGCUUUACACUCCUGAAGAAGUCAAAAAGAAGCAUGAUGACAUUUGUGUUACAAUAGAAAUGGGUCUCCGCAACGUCAGAAGUGCUAGAAAUAGAAAUACCAAAAUUAAAUAAGGACCGGAUCACCAUCAAAAGGUUUGAAAGAUACCUCGAUAUCCUAGAAGAUGAAAGUGCUGGAAGGUACAGCAAAGAAGACAUUCACAAGUUGAAGAGACAGAGUCUGGUGGACCUUCGGAAAAGAAUCCCUCUGCAGUAUAUCAUAGAGAUCCAGCCUUCGAUGUUCAAUUACUUCGACUCCGAACGCAUCAAGGCUGCUCUACUAGAAAGAUGAGGCGAGUUUAUGACAGCCAACCAUGCGAAAUGUCAGUGGUCCAUCUGAUGACGGAUUUACAAUUACCAGGGUGGCGUUGUGUCAGUCAGAGUUCUGAUUGCUAAAUUCUAUAAAAAGACACUAACCAAGGACGAGCCAGGAUCUGAAGAAAGCUCUGAAGAAUUAUAA